GAAGAUGAGAGAAGAGAGGUGGGAAAUGUGAGGGAGUCAGAGUAAAAGAUAGUGACUGAGAGAGAGAGAUGGAAGAGGCGGGGCUGGCCAGAGCGGAGGGGCCACCGCACUGCUUCGCAGGCUGCGCUGCAGAGGAGAGGGGAGCCAGGGAGGGAGGGAAGAGGAAGGAGGCAGCUGCCAGAGUCCGGAGCUGACUUUAGGCGAGAUAGUGCGCCUGGAGGCUUCCCAUUUCUGCUCUCCUGGCUCUCCGGACCAAGCUGGGGGGCCCUGCAGAGGGUUCGCCCGGCCUGCGGACGGACCUGCCCGUGGGGUAGAAGGAAGAGCUGAGAAGUGUCUACACAGAGGGCUGGGAAGUUUCCUCUGGGAGCUGUGCUCAGGCAGGAGCGGGAGGUGUCAGGGUGCACUACCUGGGGGUGCCUCAGGGCAGACAAGUCGCCUCCAGCAGCAGUUCCCUACAGAUUACUGAAAAAAAGGAAACUGAAGAGAAAAAGAUUCCACUGAGAAUACUUGGGAGGAAAAUCAUGUGGUAUUCACAAAGGAGCAAAAAUGCAACCAUCUGAAAUAGUCAUGAAUUUGAGACAAGUUUUUCUGUCUGUGCUGAUGUUUGGAGUAGCAGGUCUACUCCUCUUCAUGUACCUACAAGCCUGGAUUGAAGAGCAACAUACAGGCAGAAUAGAAAAGAAAAGAGGUCAAAAGGCAACUUCAGGUUGGAGAAGGGUCAAACUUCUUAGGCCUUUGGUAAGGGCAAUUUCACAAACAGAACUCUCCAGGAAUCACAUCACUCUGGAAGCACCAAAAAUUCAUAUUCCUGAAAGCAGAGGAAAACACAGUAAUAUGAAGAAAAGAAAAAAGUCAAUAUCUCUGAAUUCAUAAAGAACAACAAAACUGACCAAAAAGGUCAACCAUUUAAAAGGAGAUGCUCAGGCUUUAAGUGAGACAAUAGGCUCUCCAAAUAGCAAGUUGAAUGAACAGCACCGAAUCACAAAGUCCCUUUUCAAGAAAUUGAACCAAAUAACUUGGCCACUGGACAGUCGCCCUCUGAACAAAAGUUUAAUCAAAGGUGACAAAUGGAAGAAAACUGAUGCAGCUCAGGAAACAAGAAGAACUUUCCUCCAAGAUUUCUGUAAGAAAUAUGGGAGUGGGAACCACGCCCAAUCCCAUCUUUUUCAUAUGGUAUCCAGAAUCUAUGUGGAAGAUCGACACAAAAUCCUCUAUUGCGAAGUACCUAAGGCUGGCUGCUCUAACUGGAAAAGAAUUCUCAUGGUGCUGAAUGGCUUAGCCUCUUCUGCCUACAAUAUCACUCAUAAUGCUGUGCACUAUGGGAAACAUUUGAAGAAGUUAGAUAGCUUUGAUUUGAAAGGGAUAUAUACCCGUUUAAAUACUUAUACCAAAGCCGUUUUUGUUCGUGAUCCCAUGGAAAGGUUAGUGUCUGCAUUUAGGGAUAAGUUUGAACACCCAAAUAGCUACUACCAUCCAGUGUUUGGAAAGGCAAUUAUUAAGAAAUAUCGACCCAAUGCAUGUGAAAAAGAAAUAAAUAAUGGAUCUGGUGUAAAAUUCAAAGAGUUUAUCCACUAUUUACUGGAUUCCCACCGCCCAGUGGGAAUGGACAUACACUGGGAAAGGGUCAGUAAACUCUGCUAUCCUUGUUUGAUCAACUAUGAUUUUGUAGGGAAAUUUGAAACUUUGGAAGAAGAUGCCAAUUACUUUUUGCAGCUGAUUGGUGCUCCAAGAGGGCUAAAAUUCCCAAACUUUAAGGAUAGGCACUCUUCUGAUGAAAGGACCAACGCAGAUGUUGUAAGACAGUAUUUGAAAGACUUGUCCAGUAUGGAGAGGCAAUUGAUCUAUGAUUUUUAUUACCUGGACUAUUUGAUGUUUAAUUAUACAACACCAUUUGUAUAG